AUGCUGCGAAUAAUCAAUCGGUUCAUGCAUCCGGUUCUUAUGUUAAUCGGACGGUUCCAUUUCUUCUGGACCGGUCUUCUUUUCGAAUUUAUUCAUCUGUUCACGUCAAGAAUUUACGUCACUAAACCAACGGAUAGUUUGCUGAUGAUCAGUGCCACACAGGCUGUGCAGAAGAUUAUCAAUAGGGAGAUAACGUCACUAGAACUUGUGGAGGCUUAUAUCCAUAGGAUAGAGCAGGUCAGUUUAUCAGUUUUCUAUUCAAACAGGAGCAGUUGGGGAAGGGGUUCACUCACUUGCACUCAUUUUGCGCUUUCCGUCACCUUUCUUUUGCUGGCCGUUAUCUGA